CUCGUCUGGGCUCGGCUGAGUGGCUCGGUUCGGUUGCUCGGCGGGGCUCGGCUGCACGGCCGCGGACGGGCGUGCGCUGGGGGGCGCGGGGCGCGGGCCUCGGAGGUGGCGGCGGAAGCCUGGUGCCCCCGCCCGCCGGGUCCUCUCGGAGAGGGAGAGAGGCAUCCCCGCGGCCCGGCCUCGCACGGGUGCGGCGGGCGCGGCGUGGGGGGCGGCGGGGGCGCGGAGCAGCGCGGCCCGCCCGGGGGCGCCGCGGGCCGGGUCAGCGCGGACGGCGCUCGGCGGACUCGGACGCACGGCUGGCCGGCCCCUCCCUGCCCGCGCGCCCGGGCGCCCACUCGCCGGCGCGGGGCCCGGGAGCGAUGACAUCGACGGGGAAGGACGGCGGCGGGGCGCAGCACGCGCAGUAUGUGGGGCCCUACCGGCUGGAGAAGACGCUGGGCAAGGGGCAGACAGGCUUGGUGAAACUGGGAAUCCACUGUGUCACCUGCCAGAAGGUCGCCAUCAAAAUCGUCAACCGUGAGAAGCUCAGUGAGUCGGUGCUGAUGAAGGUGGAGCGAGAGAUUGCCAUCUUGAAGCUCAUCGAACAUCCACAUGUACUGAAGCUGCAUGACGUCUAUGAAAACAAAAAAUAUUUAUACCUGGUGCUAGAACAUGUGUCUGGGGGAGAGCUGUUCGACUACCUGGUGAAGAAGGGCCGGCUGACCCCCAAGGAGGCCCGCAAGUUCUUCCGGCAGAUCAUCUCUGCACUGGACUUCUGCCACAGCCACUCCAUAUGCCAUAGAGACUUGAAGCCAGAGAACCUGCUGCUGGAUGAGAGGAACAACAUCCGUAUUGCAGACUUUGGCAUGGCGUCCCUGCAGGUGGGAGACAGCCUGCUGGAGACCAGCUGCGGAUCUCCACACUAUGCCUGUCCGGAAGUGAUUCGGGGCGAGAAGUAUGAUGGCCGCAAGGCAGAUGUGUGGAGCUGUGGUGUGAUCCUGUUCGCCUUGCUGGUGGGGGCUCUGCCGUUUGAUGAUGACAACCUGCGGCAGUUGCUGGAGAAGGUCAAGCGUGGUGUGUUCCACAUGCCACACUUCAUCCCACCAGACUGCCAGAGCCUCCUGCGUGGCAUGAUUGAGGUGGAUGCAGCUCGGCGCCUCACGCUAGAGCACAUUCAGAAACACAUAUGGUAUAUAGGUGGCAAGAAUGAGCCAGAGCCGGAACAGCCCAUCCCACGCAAGGUGCAGAUCCGCUCACUGCCCAGCCUGGAAGACAUUGACCCUGAUGUACUGGACAGCAUGCAUUCACUGGGCUGCUUCCGAGACCGCAACAAGCUGCUGCAGGACCUGCUAUCUGAGGAGGAGAAUCAGGAAAAGAUGAUUUAUUUCCUCCUCCUGGACCGGAAAGAACGGUACCCCAGCCAUGAGGAUGAGGACCUGCCCCCCAGGAAUGAGAUAGACCCUCCUCGGAAGCGCGUGGACUCCCCGAUGCUGAACCGGCAUGGCAAGAGGCGACCUGAGCGCAAGUCCAUGGAGGUGCUCAGUGUGACAGAUGGCGGCUCCCCAGUGCCUGCACGGAGAGCCAUUGAGAUGGCCCAGCAUGGCCAGAGUAAAGCAGUGUUCAGUAAAAGCCUGGAUAUCGCUGAAGCCCAUCCCCAAUUCAGCAAAGAAGACAGAUCUCGAUCCAUCAGUGGUGCCUCCUCAGGCCUUUCUACAAGUCCACUCAGCAGUCCUCGGGUGACCCCUCACCCCUCACCAAGGGGUAGUCCCCUUCCUACCCCCAAAGGGACGCCUGUUCACACGCCAAAGGAGAGCCCAGCUGGCACACCCAACCCCACACCACCGUCCAGCCCUAGUGUUGGAGGAGUGCCCUGGCGGACACGACUCAACUCCAUCAAGAACAGCUUCCUGGGCUCACCUCGCUUCCACCGCCGGAAACUGCAAGUUCCCACGCCAGAGGAGAUGUCCAACCUGACCCCAGAAUCUUCUCCAGAGCUGGCCAAGAAAUCAUGGUUCGGGAACUUCAUCAACCUGGAAAAGGAGGAACAGAUCUUUGUGGUGAUCAAGGACAAGCCCCUGAGCUCCAUCAAGGCUGACAUCGUGCAUGCCUUCCUGUCGAUCCCUAGCCUCAGCCACAGCGUUAUCUCCCAGACAAGCUUCAGGGCUGAAUACAAGGCCACAGGGGGCCCAGCAGUGUUCCAGAAGCCGGUCAAGUUCCAGGUGGACAUCACCUACACUGAGGGUGGAGAGGCCCAGAAGGAGAAUGGCAUCUACUCAGUCACAUUCACUUUACUCUCAGGCCCCAGUCGCCGCUUCAAGAGGGUAGUGGAGACCAUCCAGGCCCAGCUGCUGAGCACCCAUGACCAGCCAUCAGCCCAGCACCUGUCAGACACCACUAACUGUAUGGAAGUGAUGACGGGGCGGCUUUCCAAAUGUGGCACCCCAUUGAGUAACUUCUUUGACGUAAUUAAACAACUUUUUUCAGACGAGAAGAACGGGCAGGCGGCCCAGGCCCCCAGCACACCCGCCAAGCGGAGUGCCCACGGCCCCCUGGGUGACUCCGCGGCCGCUGGCCCUGGAGGGGACACCGAGUACCCGAUGGGCAAGGACAUGGCCAAGAUGGGGCCGCCCGCCGCCCGCCGUGAGCAGCCUUAGACACUAGUCCCUCCCCAGCACAGCACAGCACAGCACAACACAGCACUGACUGUGGCCUUCUGCCGCCCUGUGUGGACCAGGCCCCACCUGCCUGCCCAGACCUUGUCUCAAGCCUGGGAGGAAAGGAGAGUGGCCAGGGUGCGGCCCGCAGGCUGGGCUGCUGGGCUUGCUCUCUUUUCUCUCUUGCGGUCUCUGUCUCUGCCUGUCUCUGACAGCAUCGCUUGUUUCCGCUCUGAUACCAGGAAUUAUCCCGAAAAGUUAACAUGUCACCUCCACGAGGCCAUCCUCUGUGCUGCGUGUGGACACUGGCUGACCGAAGGCAGCUGCUGCGGACCACCCUCCUCCUCCUGCUGCUGCUGCUGCUGCUGCUGGGCAGAGAGGCUAGCCCACUGUCCACCACCUCUGCCUGUUCCCUGGCAGCUCCGCAUGGCCCAAGGGAGGAGGGCCUGCCUCCCAGGGAAUUCCUCUUCUAGCCCAGCCACCCUGGAUUCCCAGUGACCAGAUCCUCAGCAGGGACAACCUGUCCACCAUCUUCCAGGGUAGGGGACCAUGGUGGGUGAAGCAGUGGGAAUGGAUUGUCCUCCACAGCGCAUUUGGAGGCCUCCUGGGCCAUUCACCUCGCCUUUUCCACACGUUGGCCUCACCAGGGCCACCUCUUCUCAUCUGCAUCCAUUGCUCCACCUUGCCAGGCUGCAGAGCUCCAGCUGUGAUGGUUCUCAUGGGCUGAAGUGGAGAUAAAAGACCUGGGUGCUCCAAAGCUGCCAGGGGCCUGGGCUGAGACCAGUAUUAUUUAUUUGCUGUUUUAAUUUAUUGAGUUUCUUUAUGUCUCUGUUCUCUGUUCAGGGAAGGGGGAGUAGCAGCAGCGCCCUCCUGCCAUCUGUCUGUCUGUUCUGUCUGUCUGACUUGGGCAGGGUGGGUCCUGAGCCCAAGUUCCCUCUGAGGACAGAGCCGUUGUGGGGCUGGGGACAGUGGGGAGCCAGCCAGUGGAUGCAGCACUGGCAAGCUACUGUAAACUUUAAAAGAAUUCCUGCAAGAUAUUUUUAUAAACUUUCUUUUCUUGGUUGUUUUUGGAAAAGGGUGUCGGGUGGGGCUGCUGGGGCAGAGCUAGGGUUUGUGUUUCGGCUCCUCGCUCUUGGCUAUUUCUAUACACAUAUACAUAUAUAUAUAUAUAUAUUUAAAGAACGAUGUGGUUAGCUCUGUCCCGGGUUGUUUUAUUACUACUUAGCAGCAGCUCCAGUUCCACACAAGGGCUCAGGGUACAUGCGUCAGCCUGCACUGGCCAGCUGUGCCCGCUGCCCGGAAGCACUGCCCAGCACUUCUCUGCUGUACCAGGCCAAGAGUGAUCUUGGUUUGGUGUCUGAUAGAGAAGGGGGAGAAGGCCCUGAGCUGGCACCCUACUACUUACACACAGGAUGGCAGUGGUACCUCGAGUUGGUUUUUUUUUUUUUAAAUUAAAAUAAAAAUGUUUAAAAAAAAUUAAAGCCAGAAAUGGAGUUAGCAGAGUGCUCUGCAGUGGGUUCCUCUUGGAGGUGGCAAGGGCAAGGGGCCCACACCACUGCCUGCUGCCCACCAAAGCCCACCUCACUUCCCUCAUCUCCAGCUUUUGUCUGUGUUCCGUUCCGUCUGGCUGAGCCAGUCCCUCCCAGCUGGCCCAAGGCGCCCAGCGUAGCAGCGGGAGGGGCUGGGGGCAGGUUUCAUGCAUGCCUUUGCUCUUCCCCUCAUGUACAGAUUUUAAUGCUUCUAUUACAUUCAACCACCACAGGCUGGGAUUUCUAUACAUAGAACAAAAUCAAACACCUGUAAUAACAGCAAAGCCACGCAGUACAAAUGGGAAGGGGCAUACCUACGGUGUCAGGAUACUGAAAGCAAUACCUCUCGUUAGCCUUCCUCUUUUGUACUUUGGACACAUGCGGAUUCGCAGACAUCACAAAAAUGGACAAGCCCCAUCUGGUGUAACCCCUGUCAAAUAACUGUGAGCAACUUCAGUUCUGGAACAAUAAAUUCCUUCCGUAAAGA